AUGUCGUCGUCCAACAUCAACCUACUCUCAAAGGAUGAGAGAGAGUUAGAGGACUCUUCAUAUGUCUAUAAUCCAAUACAUGACAAUCACAUCAUCAAUAACAACAAGGACAUUGGCGGAAGUAACAGUGGCAGUGGUAGCAGUAGUAACUACAACAACAAUAACAACAAUAAUAAUAACAAUGGUGGUACAGGCGUCAACAUUGCCACCAACAACAACAACACAUCAAAACGUGUAUCACUAUUCCAAACUGUACCCGAUCAGCCAAUGACCUAUGAGGACCUUGGCAUCCCUGCAGGUACCAAUGCGCUCGAGGCCAAACACAUGAUCCAGAAUCACAUGUUUGGUUUCCGUCCAUUCAAGAGCAAGAUCUCCAAGAAGAGGCUUGAGGAUCGUUCGCCUGAAGUCCGUCGUCUCUACACCGAGAACCCAGUCAUUGAACAAGGUGUAAACUCCAUUGGCAACUAUGUCUACACCAUCUUCUUUGGAGUCAUACUCUAUCUCGUCUACGCUCUUGUUAGUAUAUUACUAUUUAUUACAUAUUUCGGUGUACCAUAUGCCAAGAUCACUUGGACUUUGAAAGACUUUGUAUUGUGGCCCUUUGGAAGAUAUCUUCAAAAGACUUUGUACUCUAGCCGUCUGAACAACGACAGUGAAAAGCAGCCACUCAAGGCCAAGCCAUCACACUCCCCACCUCCCUCCAUAUCAUUGAAGAUUGGCGCCGUCCUCUUCUACAUCAUUGCUGCACCAAUCAUCAUCAUCUUUGAAGGCUUUGCCAUGAUGAUGUCUUGGUUCGUUGUUGUUAUGAUACCAACCUCCAAAAUGCACUUGAGAAUAUUGAAGAACCUCUUAAGUGAUCCACUUAGCUUGAGGGUGGAACAACACAUCCCACGCACAGACUGCAUCAUCCUUGCCUAUCCAGUCGAAGCCAUCAACUUCCAAUACUACAAGUUCAGUAUCAAUGGAAUGAAUGUCUGUUUGGUCAACCUUCUUCCAUUCGUUGUUCUGUCACUUAUCUUUGGAUUCUUCUUGGAGCAUCACAUUCAUCCACUGGUAAUCUUCCUUUGCUGUGUACUGUCUACAGUCCCUCUGUCCUAUUACAACUGCAAGGCCAUUGCCACACUGUCUGCGCAAACCAGUUUUGCAGUUGGUGCACUUAUCAAUGCAAGCUUUGGAUCAAUCAUCGAGCUCAUUCUCUACGUGGUGUCACUCAGCAAUGGACAGGUGGAGGUUGCGCGCUCAGCCGUCACUGGCUCAUUGCUUGGCGCCAUGCUUCUCGUGCCCGGCUUGGCAAUGGUCGUUGGAGGCAUCAAGCACAAGGAGCAGCGAUUCAAUCACACAGUGAUGGGUGUCAACACUGUUUUGCUGAUGGUGGCCAUUGUCGGCAUCUUUGCGCCAACCAUCCUCUACAAGACCUACGGCAACUAUCAACUAAACUGCAGCCAGUGCUCAGACAUCGUUGGCAACGUCACGUGUAGUGUGUGCGAGUACGUCCAGAACGACAUCCAGGACGAUCCCGUAUGGACCCAGAAGGCACGUGCUGUCCAAUAUGCCGUGUCCGCUGUGCUGCCCAUCGCCUACUUCAUCGGACUGCUGUUCACAUUGAAGACCCACACUCAUAUCUUGCACGUCGACGAGAAGAAGGGCGAGGCUGGCGGCAGUUCGCACGGCCACUCACACGGUGGCGACGCAGAGUCUGAAGGCGAGUCCGAAUGGUCUAGAUCACAGUGCAUCGUCAUUCUCUGUGUAUGCACAACAAUGUUUGCGUUGAUCAGUGAGAAGCUUGUGGACACGAUCGAUCCUGUCGUCACGACAUUCCAUCUUACACCCGAGUUCCUCGGCAUCACCAUUCUUGGCAUUGUUCCCACCGCUGCCGAGUAUCUCAAUGCCGUUCAGUUUGCCCUGCACAACAACAUGCCUCUCGCGCUUGAGAUUGGUGCCUGUGGAUCAGUCCAAAUCACUCUCUUCCAAAUUCCAGUCCUUGUAUUCAUAUCGGCAAUCAUGAGCCAAUUUACUGGACAUGGAUCAUUCAAUCUAAUAUUCCCCAUCAUUGACUUCUAUGCAGUGUUCCUUGGAGCAGUGAUUAUGAACCUGGUGUUCGCCAAUGGAAAGACAAACUAUUUCAUUGGAUCGACACUUUGUAUUGUAUAUCUAAUCAUUGUCUUUGUAUUCUUCUUUACUCCAUCAUAA